GCUUUGAUUCAUCGUCGUCUUCGCAGAAGAGGCCAAACAAGCUCUCUCUCUCUCAACAACUUCAAAAGCCGGGAGGUCUGACUCGAGACCACCGAAGAAAAUAGAACAUUUCUAGGGUUUUCUGAAAAGGAAAAGACUUUUCUUUGAUCCAGCACAUUGUUCAACUUUGUCUGUUCAAGUAAAUCAGAGAAGAGUCUUAAUCGUUUUAGCUUCUGGGUCUUUGAUUUCGCUAGUGAAGGGAGGAGAGAAAGUCAACGACCAUGGCGGGUCGUAGAGAGAGAAGCCAACAGCUCCGUGGAUCUCGAAUUGCCAUCGCCAUCCUCGUCGGUAUCUUUAUCGGGUGCGUAUGCGCCGUUAUGUUCCCUAACGGGUUCUUCAACUCGAGCUCGUCGGCGCUUACAGCUAAAGAACGCGUUCAGGUUGGAUCAUCGUCUUGUGAAUCGCCCGCACGAAUAAAAAUGCUAAAAUCAGACUUUGCAUCUCUCUCAGAGAAGAAUGCAUAUUUGAAGAAGCAGGUCAGAGAGUUAACAGAAAAGCUACGUUUAGCGGAACAAGGACCAGACAAUGCACGAAAACAGGUCCUAGCCUUGGGAACACAGAUCAAGGCUGGUCCUUUUGGAACCGUCAAGAGUCUGAGAACUAAUCCAACAAUCCUCUCAGAUGAAUCUGUAAACCCAAGAUUGGCAAAGAUUCUAGAGGAGAUCGCUGUGGAUAAAGAGGUAAUCGUGGCUCUUGCAAACGCAAAUGUGAAAUCAAUGUUAGAGGUUCAGAUUGCUAGCAUUAAGAGAUUGGGUAUAACAAACUACCUGGUUGUCGCAUUGGACGAUUACAUAGAGAAUUUCUGUAAAUCUAAAGAUGUUGCGUAUUACAAGAGGGAUCCAGACAAGGACGUGGACACGGUCGGGAAAACCGGAGGUAACCACGCCGUCUCUGGAUUGAAAUUCCGUGUACUAAGAGAGUUCUUGCAACUCGGUUAUGGUGUUCUUCUCUCGGAUGUGGACAUUGUCUUCUUGCAAAACCCAUUCAGACAUCUGUACAGAGACUCUGAUGUGGAGUCAAUGAGUGAUGGCCAUAGCAAUAUGACGGCUUAUGGAUUCAACGAUGUAUCUGAUGAACCAGCCAUGGGAUGGGCUCGGUAUGCUCACACGAUGAGGAUAUGGGUUUUCAAUUCAGGGUUUUUCUACCUAAGGCCUACGAUUCCAUCAAUCGAGCUGCUCGAUCGUGUAGCAGAUAGGCUCUCCAAGGCCAAACUGUGGGACCAAGCGGUUUUCAACGAGGAACUGUUUUAUCCUUCGCAUCCUGACUACAUUGGCCUGCAUGCCUCCAAGAGAGUCAUGGAUAUGUAUGAGUUUAUGAACAGUAAGGUCCUUUUCAAGACUGUAAGAAAGAAUCAGGAACUGAAGAAGAAGGUGAAACCGGUGAUUGUUCAUGUGAAUUACCAUCCAGAUAAGCUCAAUAGAAUGCGAGCAGUGGUUGAGUUCUACGUAAAUGGCAAGCAAGACGCGCUUGAUAGCUUCCCAGAUGGCUCCGAAUGAUUCACCUGAAAAGCAGAGUAGACUCAAAAGUUUUUCAGUUUCUUGACACUUGUGAUUCUAAUUUUACGUUUUUCUUUAUUGUUUCCAUGUUUAAUGCUUCAUGGAUGCCUUCUGUUUUUUUUUUUCUUUUGUAUCAUGAAUUUUGUGUGACUUAUGGCUAAAAGCUCAAGUCUUUUUUUACUUGUCUGUUCUUGUUACCAUUUUUUUCUUUUCUAGGUUCAUAUUUGCAUAAUGAAGCCUUUUCCUUCCACA